AUGGAACACUCUGCCACCUUCCCCGAUCUCGCAGGCAAAGUUGCCAUAGUCACCGGCAUCGGUCAAAUCGGCACUCGAGAACUCUGGGGCAAUGGCGCAGCCACGGCUCGUCUCCUCUGCCAUAAUGGUGUCAAGGUCUUUGGCUGCGAUAUUGAUAUUGAUGCUGCCGCCUAUACAAAGACUAGGAUAGAGGCUGAGGGAGGUACCGUCGAGAUCACACAAGCUGAUGUGACCUCGUCUGUGGACGUGAAGAGGCUCGUGUCUGAAUGCAUGGCCAAGUUUGGUCGGGUGGACAUCUUAGUUAACAAUGUUGGGCGUUCAGAACCUGGCGGUCCGGCCGAGAUGGAGGAAAAUAUCUGGGAUGCGCAAGCGGAGCUCAACAUAAAAUCCGUCUAUCUAACCUGUCAUGAGGUUCUCCCUAUAAUGGAGGCACAAAAGACUGGCGCCGUUGUCAACGUGGCCUCAAUUGCAGGCAUGCGAUACAUUGGAAAGCCCCAAGUGGCGUACUCGACCUUCAAAGCUGGAGUCAUGCAAUUCACUAAAGCGACUGCGGUCAUUUACGCUGCCAAGGGCGUUCGUCUCAACACUGUCGUGCCGGGACUCAUGAACACGCCACUCAUGGUGUACCUAGCAAACAAGUACGCCGGCGGUGAUCUGGAAGGGUUUUCGGGGAAGCGAGAUAAGGCAGUUCCUAUGGGGAAACAGGGCGAUAGUUCGGAUGUGGCGAAUGCUAUUGUCUUCUUGGCUUCGGGGAGUGCCAAGUAUAUCACUGGACAAGAGUUGGUGGUGGACGGUGGUAUCACGUCGUCCACUGGUUGA